AUGCCUAGCCUCGGUUUCCUCAAGAAGAAACGGACGAGGGACGGUGAUCCCAAUAGCUCGACCAGCCAACCCACGAGCCCAGUCACGCCUACCAACACAGCGCGGAGCUUCGACCAUACGCCUAACCUCAGCUCCCCUGCCGCCCAGCCCUUUACCGACCCGCAGCAGCAACAACAACAACAACAACAACAACAACAACAGAAGGUCGCACCGGCCCCGAGGCCGUCUGAGGGCGAGAAGGCGGCCAUGAAUCCUGCCACUGCACACCUGGCCGCCCCUUAUGCACCUCCUGCGCACUCUCCGUCCCCGGGCACCAACCCGCAACAGAUUGCAGCCGCCCCGGGUGUGCUCCCGAGUAUCGCCAACCUAAUUCACCCCCAGCAUGACGGUGCUGCCCAACAGCAACAACAACAGAGUAUACCUGCAACACAACAACAACAGCCUUCAAAUCAACCCGGCCAAUUCCCUGCGCCGCCCGCAAACGGCGGAACAGCUCCCGCCGCCAGCCUCCAGCAGCAGCAGCCCCAACAACAACAACUCCAACAGCAACAGCAGGUAUCCAAUAUGUCACAACAACAACAACAACAACAACCAACGCCUGCCCAGACGCCACAGGCGCAGCAGCCUGUUGUGCAGCAGCAGGCCAGGCAGACAAAGGGAAAAUACUCGCUGGCCGACUUCGAGAUCCUGAGGACCCUCGGAACCGGUAGCUUCGGCAGGGUGCAUCUCGUCCAGUCGAGGCACAACCAGAGGUUCUACGCCGUCAAGGUGCUGAAGAAGGCACAGGUUGUCAAGAUGAAGCAGGUCGAACACACCAAUGACGAGCGGAAGAUGCUAGGCGAGGUCAAGCACCCAUUCCUGAUCACGCUGUGGGGGACUUUCCAGGACUCGAGGAAUCUUUACAUGGUCAUGGACUUUGUCGAGGGCGGCGAGCUGUUCUCGCUACUGAGAAAAUCCGGUCGCUUUCCAAAUCCGGUCGCCAAAUUCUACGCCGCCGAGGUGACCCUUGCUCUCGAGUAUCUACACGAACGGAAUAUCAUAUACCGAGACCUCAAGCCGGAAAAUUUACUACUCGACCGGCACGGCCACCUCAAGAUCACAGAUUUUGGCUUUGCGAAAAGAGUGCCAGACAAGACAUGGACACUUUGCGGCACACCUGACUACCUCGCGCCGGAGGUCGUGUCGAAUAAGGGGUACAAUAAAUCGGUGGACUGGUGGUCACUAGGGAUUCUGAUAUACGAGAUGCUGUGUGGAUACACGCCGUUCUGGGACAGCGGCUCACCCAUGAAGAUUUACGAAAACAUCCUGCGCGGCAAGGUCAAGUAUCCGGCGUAUAUCAACCCCGACGCCCAGGACCUGCUGGAGCGGCUAAUCACGGCGGACCUGACGAAGAGGCUGGGAAACCUAUACGGCGGCCCCAAGGAUGUGAAGCAGCAUGCCUGGUUUGCCGAGGUCACAUGGGACCGUCUCGCCCGAAAAGACAUCGAUGCCCCGUACACGCCACCAGUCAAGGCCGGUGCCGGCGAUGCCAGCCAGUUUGACAGGUAUCCUGAGGACCCCGAGAGAUACGGCGCGGGGGGCAAUGACGAAUACGGAUCCCUCUUCCCCGAUUUCUAG